AUGUGGAUCGCAGCAGUAUGUGCUUUUGAAGACUCUGUUGUUCCUUUGGACAGGCACAACAGUCUCAAGUUCGUGAAUGGGUCGCGUGGGUCUUGGAGUUGCAAGUACGGGUUCUCCGUCUGGCUGAUGUGUCAUAGCAUGGAGGCUCGGGCAGUGGACAAGUCCUCGGAAAGCAAUCAGUAUGCCAAAGAAGCCCUGAUGUCGAGAGAGGCACGGGCAGAUUUGAGUACUGUGCAGGUUCUCUGUAUUCUGUCCUGGAUAGGAGGAGUCAGAAGACCUGGUGCUGCCGACAAGAGAGGCAAGUUCGGUGACCACGGCCACCGCGGCGACCACCGCAACCACGAGUUCGGCCACCAGAUCCUGGAGAGGAGAAAAGGGGAAGAGGCUCUGGACGUGUCCAGUACUGCGGAGCAGCGGUGGAAAAGCCUUUUCGGGGAUUCGGGCGUGGCCUAUGCACCCCCUGGAACUGGCUGGGCUGCCUAUGCAGGGUGGAAGAGGGACCGCUUCUCCGUUUUCAGCGGCAACUGA